GUUUGUAUUCUAUACCAGUACCAGCAGCUGAUCUGUCGCAAUUUCUUCGUUGCACUUUUUGUUGUUCUGUUGUUUUUUUUUUUCAUUUUGGUAAACUUCAGUUUAAAACUUGUCAAAACCAAACUUGAAAAUGUCCUCGGCCAUUUCACAUGAAGAAUUUCAUCGUAUUCAAACACAACUACUGGAUCUUCGGACAGCAAACUAUACUCUGAUGGAAGAAUCAAAUCGAUACAAGAAUGAGGCAAAAAACACUGUUUUAAAACUUGAUAGUUUGGAGAAAGAAUAUCAGAAAGCCCAACGUGCUUUGGAUAAAAGCAGAAAAGCAAAAGAUGUUGAAAUGUUAUUUGCAGAAAAUGAUUCUUUGCAGAAUAAGCUCAUAUCUCAAGAAGAACAGUUCAGAGAGCAAAAUCAGGCACUUCUUCAAGAACUUGCUAAUCUUGUUGCAGCCAAUGAAAAGCUUGAAGCUGUUGUGAAAUCCCAGCAAGGGGGGCGUGAACUGGCUGAUGCAUAUAGCCAAUGUGAUUUAUCUACAGAGCUUUAUGAGAAGCUACUAUCUGAAGAAAAACAGCGUUUUGAGCUGCUUAGUGAACAGUUCUGUGAGAAAGUCAAUCAAAUGACAGACCUGACUGCCACCUUGAAUGAAAUGAGGUCAAAUUUUGAUGCUCAAGUGAUGUGUUUAAAGAAAGAAAUAUCACUCUUACAAAUAGAAGCAGAGAAAGUUGGACCAUUGUCGGAACAGUUAGAAAAUAGUAGCAUAGAAAAGAAUACUCUAUGCAACGAAAUUAAUCAACUUAAAGAUCACAUUGAUGAGUUAAAACAUUCCUGUCAACAAGAAAUAUCUCAACUACAUGAAGCACAUCGCUUAGAAAUAGAUACGCAAAAAACCCUUCAUGCAGAGGAGGUGAAGCAGUACGAAAUUCAGGUUGAACUGGCGGCCGCCCAAAGAGCAGAAUUUGAAGACGAGGCAGCACGAGCUCGCCAAGAAGCUCAAGAUGCACAGGAAGAUGUUCGCAUCUCUGAACGAAGAAUUUUAUCUGUCACGGCAGAUUUAAGAAGGCAAUUGCGAGGCGAACGUCGUAGAGCCGACAAGCUUCAGGAGCGUCUUCGUGACGUUGCCAGUGAUGCGCCCAACUCGCUGCCUAAAGCUGACGCGUCGAUCGACCAUGACAACUGCUCAGUUUCCUCUUGGAGCUUGAUGAGCGGGCAAAACGAAGGAAAUGCCUCAGCCACUCCGUCCUCUCCCUUUCCACCAACGGAUUCACCUAGUAGUGGUUCGGAGAAGAAUGGUUCUCGAUCAGAAGGAGAACAAGCCCCAGACUUGGCGAGCGAAAAUUCACGAUUGGUCAAUCGUUUGGCAACGAUGCAGCAAGAGAAAUGGAGAUUGGAGGAACGAGUUUUACAUUUGGAAGAAGCCAAUGCGGCAAUGGCUGACGAAAUGGUUAAACGAGGCAAAUUGAUUCAGCAUUAUUGCAUGGAAGGUCGAGCUAGUCCAGCGAAACCAGAGAGUUCCAGCUCUAUGUUGUUGAGUCCCGGUAGCGAAAAACUCAGCGUCCGUCGAAUGGUUAGCCUCAUCCGCCAGAUUGGUGGAGAUGCGGAAGGAGAAACCGAUGUUCAGCAGCGUCGACUUCGUCGUAUGCUCGAAGAAACCUUAACUAAGAAUAUGCAUCUUCAGGAGGAUAUUGAACGACUCUCUCAGGAAAUUGUCCGUCUUAGCCAGAUUGUUGGGUCGAGCAAUACUUCUCCAGUCGUCCACCGUUUGCCUUCUAACCACAUUGAAGCUGCUGUCAUGAAUUCGGCUUGACUUAAAAACCAUGGCUGCCAAACGGCGGUAGAGAUCUGACUGAAACUUGUGUUUCUGAAAAAUAAUUUCUUUUACAAAACUUUUUAUUAUUGCGAAAAAUGCGGUUUAACAACGAUGUUCGACAUCAAGCGGCGAAGGAAAUUGUGGUUCGUUAUAUAAUAUAAAAAUUGGGAUUCAUAAAAAAAAAAAUGAACAAGCAUCCCAUAUCUUUCUCGUCUAAGAAAAUCGAUUAUUACAACAUUUCGGAAGCGUAUAGAGGGGUGUAAGUUUGUGUGCAAUCCAAGACAAAAAAUUAUGUACAGCAGAUGUUGCAUGUUGAAACAAAAGAAAGCUACAAUAAACAAAUCCUACAUACAAGGCUUUACAAAAACAA